AUGAAUUCAUCUAAUCCGCCCCAGGCUGGCGAGUACGGUGGAGACGAAGUCUCUGCCAUUGUUCUCGACCCCGGCUAUUCUACCACUCGCGCUGGCUUCGCCGGUGAAGACGCCCCCAAAUCCCUGAUCCCAACGUACUACGGCAAAUACAAUGCCGACGGACAAGAAAAGCUCGUCUUUGGCGACGACGUUUUCGUGACCCCGCGCCCCGGUCUGUCUAUUUACAACCCAAUCGGCAAGGAUGGCAUUGUCGAGGAUUGGGAUAUGGCCGAGAAGGUGUGGGAGUAUUCUUUCACGUCACGACUGACUGGCGCGAAGGCCAGCAACCCCCUUCAUAACGGCUUGAACGACAUUUCUAAUGAUGAGCUUCCCACGGAUAUGGAGGUGGAGUCGGAUGAGAAGCCUCUAGCCGACAGUCCGUUGUUGAUGACCGAGCCUGGCUGGAACCCUGUCAAGGCUCGCGAGAAGACCAUCGAGAUCGCGAUGGAGAAAUGGGGCACUCCCGCCUUUUAUCUGGCACGAAGUGGUGUACUUGCUGCAUUUGCUUCCGGAAAAGCCUCCGCCCUUGUGAUUGAUAUUGGCGCUUCGAACAUCUCUAUUACCCCAGUUCACGACGGCAUGAUCCUCAAGCGAGGUGUCCAGCACUCUCCGCUAGGAGGUGACUAUAUUUCAUCCCAGAUCCGCGCAUUGUUCAAAAAGAACUCCCCGCAACCCAUUACCAUCACGCCGCAUUAUUUGAUCUCCUCGAAGACUGCUGUUGAAGCUGGCCAACCACCCCAGGCUAAAUACAAGACCUUCCCUGCCGAAAAAGCACCAGACGCUACUUACCGCGCUCUUCUUGAGGAGCGGACAUUGUCGGAAUUCAAGGAGUGCGUGGUUCAGGUUUGGCCUGGCCCGAACAAGCUUUCUGCCACCGGUCCUACUGGUGUCUCCAACGAGGAGAUGGCUCGCAGCUCUCCCGGCCGUCCGUUCGAGUUCCCCGACGGGUAUAACCAGCUCUUUGGCGCGGAUCGUUUCCGGGUGGUGGAAUCCUUGUUCGAUGCGAAGGCUGCCAUUCUUGACUCAGACUCGUCCUUCCCUACCCCAACGCAGGCUCAAACUCUUCCAGAGCUGAUUAAGGCGUCCCUGAGUGGUGUCGACGUUGACAUCCGUCCUCAUCUUCUGGGCAAUGUGGUUGUGACUGGUGCAUCCAGCCUGCUUUACGGUUUCACUGAUCGCUUGAACCACGAGUUGAUGCAGCUCUUCCCCGGACCGCGGGUGCGCAUCUCCGCUCCCGGCAACACUGGUGAGCGACGAUUCGGUUCCUGGAUUGGAGGAAGCAUCCUGGCCAGUCUUGGCACCUUCCACCAGAUGUGGAUCUCCAAGAAGGAAUACGAUGAACACGGUGCAAACAUCGUCGAGAAGCGCUGCAAAUGA